GGCGCGAGGGAGCGAGACAUCAGCGAGUUGGCUGUUGCGGGGCAGCCGCCAUUGCUGUUAGCGGCUAGAGCAGAAUAUCAGCGAGGCGGGCGUUGCAGGGCGACCACCGUUGUUGUAGGCGACUAGAGCGGGGCAUCAGCGAGGUGGCUAUAGCCGGGCCGCCACCAUAACUGUGGGGGAAAGUACGGGCCGGAGCGAAGUGGCUGUUGCCAGGCAACCGCCAUUACUGUGGGGGGCAAGAGCGGGGCGGCGGCGAGGUGGGUGUUGCCAGGCAGUCGCCAUUACUGUGGGGGGCAAGAGUGGGGUCGCCGCUGGGACAUGCCCAAGUCGUGCGCUGCCUUCAACUGUACCAAUAGGUACAGCAGCAAGAACAAGGAGCUCACCUUCCACAGGUUUCCAUUCAGCAAGCCGGACCUGUUAGUAGAAUGGAUGAACAAUGUAGGAAGAGCUGAAUUCAAACCCAACCAGCACACAGUUAUUUGCUCAGACCACUUCAAACCAGAUUGUUUCAACACCUGGGGGAACAGAAAAAAUCUGAAGCAUAAUGCUGUGCCCACAGUCUUCCACUAUCCAGAUAAUGUAAAGCAGAGACAUCGUGCAAGGAAAAAACUGAAAAUAAUCAGUGAAGUAUUAAAGAUUGAAGUUGCAGAAGAAAAUCUUGAAAUGGCGCCUGAGCUAGUUCUGGGUGGAGAAGAGGAGAACACGCCACUGGCAAACCCUGCUGAAGAUGGUUCCACCAAAUUUGGUGCAGAUCACACCUACGCUGCCACUAACCUGGGCAUGAUGAAGAGGAGACUGUUUACUGCACUGGAAAAGAAUGAGAAGCUGCGGAAGCGGCUGAAGGUGAAGCAGGAGGAGAUGAGGAGAAUGGUGAAGAAAUGGCAUGCAAUUAAGGAUGAACUGGAGAACCUGAGAGCAAAGAGUCUGUCAACGGUCAGCGAGGUGCCCCUCACAGACACAACCCAUCUACAGGAAUGCAUCAGUUAAACCAAAGUGUGUUUGGAGAACAAAGAACUGUGAGUGAAUGGACGGUUCACUCAGUCGCCGCAUAACCGUGAUGAAACUUGCUGGUGCACACAAACUGCAAAAUAUUAUGCUUGAACAAUUUAGAAGGAAAACGAUAGACAAUCGCCUAAAUGUGGAACUGAUGGAGGCAGAGCAGAUCCCAAUCCAGCAUGGUUGAAACCUGUCACAAUGUCUUGCUAAUCCCUGAAGACAUCUCUGCGACUGAGUUGUAAAGAGUUCUGGCAACUGAUUGUCACAGAUUUUAGUUGUCAGAACUCUGCAGGGCUAGUGGCCAUUUUAGGAAUACAAGUCUGACCUUUCAGAAUGCAAUCUUUCAUUGUCUGUGCUGACGGGUAGAGUCCCCCUGUGAUCAUUCUCAGCUCAGAUUCACGUCAUCAGGAGAGGUGUGGAGAGAACAUUUGUCGAGAAAAUAAACGGAACAAAUAACA